CAUGCGUGCUACACGUGUCUUACAAUCUAUACAGCUGACGUUGAAAUAAGCAUUUCUUGUUGGAACCCUUUCUUGUUUCUGUUUUGAUUUCAACGGACCUCCUUGCACUUUUAAAAAUCAUUGAUCAAAAAGACCAUGGCAGCGCAAACAUUUCAACAGGAGUACAUGCAGAUGCCUCCUAUUACACGGGCUUAUACAACUGCUUGUGUUUUAACAACUUUGGCAGUGCAACUGGAUCUUAUUAGCCCAUUCCAAAUCUACUUCAAUCCAGACUUGAUAUUUAGACAGUAUCAGGUGUGGAGAAUAGUGACGAGCUUCUUGUACUUUGGUCCCAUCGGCUUCAACUUCCUGUUCAACAUGAUAUUUACAUACCGCUACUGCCGGAUGCUGGAGGAGGGGUCAUUCCGGGGGAGGACUGCCGAUUUUUUCUUCAUGUUCCUCUUUGGAGGAUUUUUCAUGAUUAUCAUCGCCCUCUUUGUGAACCUUGUGUUUCUGGGCAGCGCCUUCACCAUCAUGCUGGUGUAUGUGUGGAGUCGCAGAAACCCCUACAUACGGCUCAACUUCUUCGGCUUGAUGAACUUUCAUGCUCCGUUCUUGCCCUGGGUGCUGCUGGGCUUUUCCCUUCUUCUAGGGAACUCGGUCAUCAUUGAUCUCAUGGGUAUCGCCAUCGGUCACAUGUACUUCUUCUUGGAAGACGUGUUCCCCCAGCAGCAGGGAGGCUUCAAGGUGUUCACCACCCCGAGACUUUUGAAGACUUUGCUUGACCCACCCCCCGACCAAGACGACUACAACCCGCUGCCCGAGGAAGCUGGCGGGUUCAACCAGGGUUUGGGCCCGCGGCCAGACCAGCAGGACGGAGACCAGUGAUGCAAUCUACAUGUACUCUAGCAAGCAGAACCCUUCUCUGUCCCCGCGGUUUUAUGCAUAAAGAGUUCUGAAAUUAUGCAAACUGAGCCCAAAAAUGUGAAAUUAUUCGA